AUGACCUACAAAGGCUUCAUCUGGUUUCUUCUAGCCGAAACUGACAAACAAACAGUUACAUCCAUCGAGUAUUGGUUUCGGUGUAUGGAUAUUGACGGAGAUGGCAUUCUUACCGUUUUUGAGCUCGAACAACUCUUUCAAGAGCAAGUCGCCAGGAUGGACAUAUUAGGCAUGGAGCCGUUUGGCUUCGAGGAUGCCAUCUGCCAAAUGCAGGAUCUAGUCAAUCCGAAGGAGGCGGGACUGGUUCGACUAUUAGACCUUAAGCGGUGUGGACAAGCUGGGCCUUUCAUCGACCUAUUUUGCAACGUUGUAAGAUGGAGGUCUUUUGAGGCACAUCAACAUCAAAUCAGGAUGAAACAGCAGCAGAUUGCUAUGCAGCGGGCCGCGGAUUCUGCAUGGGAAGGAGCAGCGCUUGGCGAGGAUCUAUAUAAUGAUGGUGAUGAAGGUGAAGGUGAUGACGACAU